ACUCUGGCAACGCUUGUAGUAGCAUGCUACACUUAGCUUAGCGAGUUAGCGUACGAGCAGGUUUAAUGGCAAAAAUAAGCUCAGACACUUUAUGGGAGCUGGCCGCGGCGGAGGUUCAGAGUCGGGAGAGCGGAGCUGGAGAGGAGGACCGAGGAGAAACGGUCUGCGAGAGGACUGUGUUGUUGAUGGGGAGCAAGGCUGGGGGUAAAACGUCCAUCCUCCUGAGAUGUCUUGACAGGGAUGAACCACCGAAGCCAACUCUGGCACUGGAAUACACUUUUGGCAGACGGGCCCGGGGACACAACACACCCAAAGACAUAGCCCACCUUUGGGAGCUGGGAGGAGGGACUUCUUUGUCAGACCUGAUACAGAUUCCCAUUACUCCUACCAAUAUUAGGUUGCUUUCUGUUGUCCUCCUCCUGGACCUGUCUAAACCCAACACUCUGUGGGGGACCAUGGAAAAGCUGUUACAGGCAGCUCAAACUCAGCUGGAAAAAGUAUUGUCCCAGGUUCAGCAAGCACACAAGUCCAAACCUGGAGCCAAACACCAGAAACCUGUUCAGCCAGCAGCUCGAGUCUUACCUAAAGACUACCCAGACAGAGAGCUGGUUAGUCCAUUUCCUGCUCCUCUGCUCAUCAUUGGCAGCAAAUAUGACCUCUUUCAGGAAUUUGACUCUGAUAAGAAGAAAGUGAUUAGUAAAACACUGCGUUUUGUUGCCCAUUACUACGCCGCCUCUCUAAUUUUCACAAGCAAUAAAUCCGAGAGCCUGAUGUCAAAAACCAAGAGCUUCUUCUCCCAUUUGGCAUUUGGUCUGGACAGAGGGAAAACCAUGUCCUGUGACCCUGGUAAACCUCUCAUCAUUUCAGCAGGCCUGGACUCUUUCAGCCAAAUAGGCUCCCCUCCUCUUACUGAUGUGGACAUAAUGUCUCUGCAUGCAAAAAGCCCCAAGGAUCUCUGGAAGAAAGUGUACGAGCGAGUCUUUCCUAAUGAGAGUGUCAGUGAGCAAAAGCAACUAAAGGAUCCAUCCAAAGACCCACAGUACAGCGAGCCUCAGAUUGAUGCCAUGAGAGCACAGAAAGACCAGGAGUUGGAGCAGUAUAAGAGGAACGCAGCAAAGUCAUGGAAAGGACUGAAUCUGGAGACAUAA